AUGAAGCAAGUUCAUGAUGAAAAGGGGAACCAAACCAUUAUCUCUGAGUUCCUUCUCCUGGGCCUGCCUAUCCAACCAGAGAUGAAGGCUCCUUUCUAUGCCCUCUUCCUGGCCAUGUACCUUACUACAAUCCUUGGGAACACACUCAUCAUCCUCUUGAUACAUGUGGAUUCCCACCUGCACACACCCAUGUAUCUGUUUCUCAGCAACCUGUCCUUCUCUGACAUGUGCUUCUCUUCUGUGACCAUCCCCAAACUGCUGGGAAACAUGCAGAGCAAGAAAUCAGUCAUCUCCUAUCCUGGCUGCCUGACCCAGAUGUACUUUUUCCUUUUCUUUGGAGACCUGGAGAGCUUCCUACUGGUGGCCAUGGCCUAUGACCGCUAUGUGGCCAUAUGCUACCCUCUACAUUACACUGUCAUCAUGAGCCCCAAGCUGUGCAGCUCUUUUGUGGUGCUUUCCUGGGUCCUUACUGCCUUCCAUGCAUUGCUGCAUACCCUGCUCAUCUCUUAUCUCAUGAGUCAUGGGAACCAAACCAUUAUCUCUGAGUUUCUUCUCCUGGGCCUGCCUAUCCAACCAGAGAUGAAGGCUCCUUUCUAUGCCCUCUUCCUGGCCAUGUACCUUACUACAAUCCUUGGGAACACACUCAUCAUCCUCUUGAUACAUGUGGAUUCCCACCUGCACACAGCCAUGUAUCUGUUCCUCACAAACCUGUCCUUCUCUGACAUGUGCUUCUCUUCUGUGACCAUCCCCAAACUGCUGGGAAACAUGCAGAGCAAGAAACCAGCCAUCUCUUAUCCUGGCUGCCUGACCCAGAUGUACUUCUUCCUUUUUUUUGCAGACCUAGAGAGCUUCCUGCUGGUGGCCAUGGCCUAUGACCGCUAUGUGGCCAUAUGCUACCCUCUGCACUACACUGUCAUCAUGAGCCCCAAGCUGUGCAGCUCUCUUGUGGUGCUUUCCUGGGUCCUUACUGCUUUCCACGCCUUGCUUCACACCCUGCUCAUGUCCCGAUUAUCCUUCUGUGCCAACAACAUCAUCCCCCACUUCUUCUGUGACAUGUCUGCCCUGCUGAAAUUGGCCUGCUCAGACACUCAGCUGAAUGAGUUGGUAAUCUUUGUCAUGGGGGGCCUGAUUUUGGUUGUGCCAUUCCUGCUAAUUAUCACAUCUUAUGCCCGUAUUAUCUCUUCUAUCCUCAGGGUGCCCUCUGUAAGGGGCAUUCGCAAAGCCUUCUCUACCUGUGGCUCCCAUCUCUCAGUUGUGUCUCUCUUCUAUGGGACAGUCAUUGGCCUCUACUUAUGCCCAUCAACAAACAGCUCCACAGUGAAGGAGACAGUCAUGUCAAUCAUGUACACUGUGGUAACACCAAUGCUGAACCCCUUCAUCUAUAGUCUGAGGAAUAAAGACAUGAAAGGGGCUUUCAGGAAGCUCCUGGCAGCAAGAAAAUUUCCCUUCUCCUUGAGACCAUAA